AUGGCUGUCGAUACCCUCCCCCCACCAGUCCAGCCCAAGAGCAUCAAGUUCGCCAUCGAUCGUGGCGGAACUUUCACCGACGUCUGGGCUGCUAUUCCCGGUCGGCCUGACAUUACCGUAAAGCUGUUGUCGGUCGACCCUGCAAACUACCAAGAUGCACCGUCCGAGGGCAUUCGGCGUGUGCUGGAGAUGGUCUCUGGCAAGAGCAUCCCCAGGCAAGCUCCCAUCCCCAAGGAGCUGAUCCACUCAAUUCGCAUGGGUACGACGGUAGCGACGAAUGCGCUCUUGGAGCGAAAAGGCAGAAGACAUGCCUUUGUUGUCACGCAAGGUUUUGGCGACCUGCUAGACAUCGGCUACCAAGCAAGACCGAAGCUGUUUGAUCUUGGUAUUCGCAAGCCUGAGCUCCUCUACGAGGAAGUAGUCGAGAUCUCCGAGCGUGUUACGCCUGAGGGCUACACCGAAGACAUCUACAAGGACGAGCGACCCGCGAUGAAAGAAGCCCCGGGUGUUCUCGUCAAGGCCGUCACUGGAGACAUCCUCCGAGUUGUUCGGAGGUUAGACGAGGGCGAGGUCCGCACAAAGCUGUCCGCCCUGCAGUCUAAGGGCAUCGAUACCCUCGCGAUCUGCCUGGCCCACUCAUACCUCUAUCCCACCCACGAAGAUCGGAUCGCCGAGAUCGCCGCAGAGAUGGGCUUCCAGCACAUCUCCAAGUCAUCAGCCGUUGGUACCAUGAUCAAGAUGAUCUCCCGCGGAAGCUCAGCAUCCGCAGAUGCGUACCUGACACCAGAGAUCACCCGCUACAUCAGCGGCUUCGCCAAGGGUUUCGAGGGAGGCUCGCUUGACGGCGUCUCCUGCGAGUUCAUGCAGAGCGACGGUGGCCUUGUCAAGCAUGACAGCUUUAGCGGCCUGAAGGGCAUUCUGAGUGGUCCUGCCGGCGGUGUCGUCGGUUUUGCGCGCACAUCGUACGACGGAACGGCGCCCAUCGUCGGCUUUGACAUGGGUGGUACAUCGACAGAUGUCAGCCGAUUCGGCGGUGCCUUCGAGCACGUAUUUGAGACCACCACAGCCGGUGUCUCCAUCCAAAGCCCGCAGCUGGAUAUCAACACUGUCGCCAGCGGUGGUGGCAGUAUUCUGUUCUGGAGCAAUGGCCUGUUCAAGGUUGGCCCAGAGAGUGCCAGUGCCCACCCCGGCCCGGCCUCCUAUCGCAAGGGUGGCCCGCUCACCAUCACGGACGCCAACCUGUUCCUUGGCCGUCUGGUCCCUGACUACUUCCCCUCCAUCUUUGGCCCAGAAGAGAACCUCCCUCUCGAUUCGGACAUCGUUGCCGAGAAAUUUGCCGAGAUCACUCGCCAAAUCAACAAGGACACUGGAAGGUCAAUGACGCCCCAGGAGGUGGCGCACGGCUUCGUCGAUGUUGCCAAUGAGGCCAUGGGCAGGCCCAUCCGAGCAAUCACAGAAGCACGCGGCUUCGAGACUGCUCAGCACCAUCUGGCAACCUUCGGCGGUGCAGGCGGUCAGCAUGCCUGCGAGAUGGCCGAGAAACUGGGCAUUCGUCGCAUUGUCAUCCACAAGUACUCUAGUAUUCUAUCUGCCUACGGUAUGGCCUUGGCAGAGAUCGUGCAGGAGGCUCAGGAGCCCAGCUCAGAGAAUUUGACCGAAGAUGCUCUCCCAAGGCUGUACGAACGCUUCAAGGACCUGAAGCGAAAGGUUACCGACGGCCUUCUGAGCCAGGGUAUUCAGGACUCGGCCAUCAAGCAUGAGAUGUUCCUCAACCUGAGGUAUCAUGGCACCGACACCAACUUCAUGAUUCCUGAGCCUGAAGACGGCGAUUGGAGGACCGCACUGGAGAUCGAGCACUUCCGCGAGUUGACCUUCAAGUUCCCGCGGUCGAAGCAGGUCCUUGUCGAUGAUAUUCGUGUUAGGAGUGUUGGCCAGAGUGAGGAGACGAGUCAGGCCAACGAGCAGCUCGUCCAGGAGCUCAAGGCGCUGUCCUUCACGGAAGCCCCCAAGUCCUAUGAUCAAAUUGUCAACACCUACUUCGCCCAGGGCGGUCUCCAGCCUACUAGGGUGUACCGUCUCGAAAACAUCGCCCCCGGCUCUGAGGUCGUCGGCCCAGCCAUUCUCAUUGACAACACCCAGACUAUUGUCAUCAUCCCCAGUGCCAAGGCCCGCAUUUUGACGUCUCACGUUGUAGUCGACCUCCCCGAGACUCAGAGCAAGCAGGCCGAGCUCGACCCGAAUGUGGUUGAUCCCAUCAAGCUCAGUAUCUUUGGCCACCGCUUCAUGAGCAUUGCAGAGCAGAUGGGUCGCACCCUACAAAAGACCAGCAUCUCGCUGAACAUCAAGGAGCGCUUGGACUUCUCUUGUGCCAUCUUCAGUCCUGACGGAGAACUCGUUGCCAACGCCCCUCAUGUGCCUGUCCACCUGGGUAGCAUGAGCUUCGCCGUCAAGUAUCAACACGAGUUGCACAAGGGCAAGCUGCGCCCUGGCGACGUGAUUGUGACCAACCACCCCGAAACUGGAGGUACUCAUCUUCCCGACAUCACCGUUAUCACGCCUGUUUUUGACGACGAUGGCAAGACCAUUUGCUUCUACACUGCCUCUAGAGGCCACCACCUUGAUAUCGGUGGAUACAUGGGCAACUCUAUGCCUCCAGAGUCUACGGAGCUCUGGCAGGAGGGCGCUGCCAUUAAGUCGUUCUUCUUGGUACGCGAUGGCAAGUUCGACGAGGAAGGUAUUGUGGCUCUGCUGCUCGAGCCCGGCAAGUAUCCCAACUGCAACGGCUCCAGGAGACUUGGAGACAAUCUGUCGGAUCUCAAGGCCCAAGUUGCUGCCAACCACAAGGGUAGCAACCUGAUCCAGGCCCUCAUGGAGGAAUACGGCAAAAGCACUGUUCACUUCUACAUGGCCAAGAUCCAGGAGAACGCCGAGGUGGCCGUCCGUAACUACCUCAAGUCGGCCUUCAAGCGCUUCGGCGGUAAGCCGCUCAAGGCCAAGGACUACCUUGACAAUGGUUCGAUGAUGCAGGUCACUAUCUCCAUCGACGACACCGGCUUCGGUACCUUUGACUUCACCGGAACGUCUUGCGAGAUGCUUUCCAACAUGAACGCACCGCCCGCCAUCACCUACUCUGCUCUUAUCUACACCCUGCGUCUGCUCAUCGGCUCCGACAUCCCCCUGAACCAGGGCUGCCUGGCCCCGACCGAGGUCAUCAUCCCCAAGAACACCUUUCUCAACCCUUCCUCGGGCCCCGCCGUCUGCUGCGGCAACACCCUCACCUCGCAGCGCCUCGUGGACCUUCUCCUCAAGGCCUUCCGCGCCGCCGCCGGCUCCCAGGGCUGCAUGAACUGCUUCGGCUUCUUUGGCAACUGCGUCAAGCCCACCGGCGACAAGGAGGGCGAGAAGAAGGAGCUCGGCUUCGGCUUCGGCUACGGCGAGACCAUCUGCGGCGGCGAGGGCGCCGGCCCGACCUGGAACGGCGCCUCGGCCGUGCAGAUCCACAUGACCAACACGCGGACGACCGACAUCGAGAUCAUCGAGAAGCGGUACCCCGUCCUGAUCCGCGAGUUCUCGAUCCGGCGCGGCAGCGGCGGCAGGGGCAAGUUCCACGGCGGCGACGGCAUCGUCCGCGACUUUGAGUGCCGCGCGCCGCUGACCUACGGCCUCAUCACCGAGCGCCGCGUGCACCAGCCCUACGGCAUGAUGGGCGGCGAGAACGGCGAGUCCGGCGCCAACUUCUGGGUGCAGAAGCUCGAGGACGGCGGCGAGCGGUGGAUCAACAUCGGGUCGCGCGGCCAGGUCGACAUGAAGUCUGGCGACCGGUGCGUGGUGUGGACUCCCGGAGGUGGCGGCUGGGGCGUCCCCGAGGAUGUCGAGGCGGAGGGUCAGAACGGUGUCAACGGCACCAACGGUGUCGUGGACGGUCCUGCGGCCCAGGAGAGCUAUCCCCGGGCUGCGGGAAGCUUCCACAACUUUUCGGCUGCUCAGGCUGCAAGCUCAUAG